UCUGGGGCAGCAGACACCCAGCCGCUCUGAGCCGAACUGGCAGCAUGAAGGCCCUCCUGGCCCUGCCGCUGCUGCUGCUUCUCUUCGCUCCCUUCUGCGCCCCCCAGGCCUCCGGGAUCCGGGGAGAUGCUCUAGAGAAGGCCUGUCUCCAGCAGCCCCUGGACUGCGAUGACAUCUAUGCCCAGGGCUACCAGGCGGACGGCGUGUAUCUCAUCUACCCCCUGGGCCCCAGCGUGCCUGUGCCUGUCUUCUGUGACAUGACCACCGAGGGCGGGAAGUGGACGGUUUUCCAGAAGAGAUUCAAUGGCUCAGUGAGUUUCUUCCGGGGCUGGAACGACUACAAGCUAGGCUUCGGCCGUGCAGACGGGGAAUACUGGCUGGGGCUGCAGAACCUGCACCUUCUGACACUGAAGCAGAAGUACGAACUGCGAGUGGACUUGGAGGACUUUGAGAACAACACAGCCUAUGCCAAGUACGCCGACUUCUCCAUCUCGCCCAAUGCAGUCAGUGCUGAAGAGGAUGGCUACUCCCUCUACGUGGCGGGCUUUGAGGACGGCGGGGCAGGAGACUCCCUGUCUUACCACAGCGGCCAGAAGUUCUCCACCUUCGACCGGGACCAGGACCUCUUUGUGCAGAACUGCGCUGCCCUCUCCUCCGGGGCCUUCUGGUUCCGAAGCUGCCAUUUCGCCAACCUCAACGGCUUUUACCUGGGCGGCUCCCACCUCUCCUAUGCCAACGGCAUCAACUGGGCGCAGUGGAAGGGCUUCUAUUACUCCCUCAAGCGCACUGAGAUGAAAAUACGCCGGGCCUGAGGGGCUGGCCCCAUCAAGCCCCAAAGCUCCCCUGGCUGCUCCUCGGCUCCAUGAGUGCUCCCCCUGCUGUGCCUGUGCCCCCCACCCCCAGUCUGCUCUACAGCUCUAGCGCCUGCUUCUCACAGGGGACUUGAUGGCUCUAGCUCCAGCUAACUGUCACACCCGGGCGCCCACCUCAAAGCCAGGUCUCCGCUCCCCUUCACCUGAGGCUGUCUGCCAACCAGCUUCCCAGGCCUCCUCUGAGAGGCUGGGCUCCACAGGACUGAGCUGCCUCCUCCCUGUACCAACUGUGGAGAGCCAGGCUGCUCUCCCAGGCUGCAGGCUCCUUUGCCACCAGAGCCAGCCUCCUCACCGUGGGCUCAUUUGCUUGAGGCCAGUCUGGCAUGCCAAUCUGAUCAACACCAAGUAUGCCAGACCACCUGCGUGUGGCCACUACUACCAUGCCCCAGCAACCCCCUGGCUGUUCUCAGAAUCUCUCCUCCUUCACCUUCCUCCCACCAACUUAUUCGCUAGUGGUAAGCACCAUGGACCCCCUAACCCCAUCUCACUAUCAUACUCAGCUCCCCCCACCCCGUGUCUCAGGCCCCCAAAGCUCAAUGCCAAAACUGUAUUCCAUCACAGCUACUGCAUGCCAUCUGAAAACAGCCACGAUCAAGGUAGGCAUAGAUGAGGUCCUCCCACCUACCCUAGGGUUGAAGUAUGACCAUGUGAGGGGCAGAGGACAACUUCUGCGAGGCUGGAAGCAGGUGGGGAGUGGAGGUCUCAAUAAACCUCA